UGGAAUCGAACGUCCCCGAGCGCACACGGCGUAGAGGAGAGUACGGCGCACGAGUCUCUGGAAGGGAGAUAACGGUUUGUGUUUUUGCCCCCUCUCCACUCAAACAACAAGAACAAACCAAACCUGAAUUUUUAAGGGGGGUUUACAGAGUCUUCUGCUCACAAGGAGGAGGGAAGCGAGGGAUUGGAGCCGCAGGUUUUUUUUUUUCUUUUUCGUUUUUUUUUCUCUCCUUUUCCUAAAAGAGGAUUCUGUGUUUUGCGUUGGUUUGUUCUUCGCUCUCGCCGCAAAGAUGAUGGUCGGAGAGGUCGAAGUGAAGGAGCGACCGAGGCCGAGUCCCGACUAUUUGAUGCAAUUAUUAAACGAGAAGAAGCUCAUGACCAGUUUGCCAAAUCUCUGCGGCAUCUUCACACACCUGGAGAGGCUUCUCGAUGAAGAGAUCAACAGAGUGCGUAAAGACAUGUACAGUGACACAGUGAAUGGCCUUGUGGACAGACACCCGCUGGAGCUGCCUGAGCCUAUUGGACCCAUCGUCCACCUCCAGGAAAAGCUGUUUGUGCCUGUCAAAGAGUACCCUGACUAUAACUUUGUGGGGAGAAUCCUUGGCCCUCGGGGACUCACAGCUAAACAGUUGGAAGCAGAGACGGGAUGCAAAAUCAUGGUGCGAGGCAAGAGUUCCAUGAGAGACAAGAAGAAGGAGGAGCAGAACAGAGGGAAGCCAAACUGGGAACACCUAAAUGAAGACCUUCAUGUCCUGAUUACAGUGGAAGACACACAGGCCAGAGCUGAGAUCAAGAUGAGGAGAGCGGUGGAGGAGGUCAAGAAGCUCCUCGUACCUGCUGCGGAGGGAGAAGACAAUUUGAAGAAGAUGCAGCUGAUGGAGCUAGCGAUUCUCAAUGGGACAUACAGAGACAACAACAUCAAAACACCGGCAGCAGCAGCCGCUCAGGGCCCCCGUCUCAUAGCGGCCCCCACAGGUCAGGUGUUGCCUCCCCCGGCACUCCGGCCCCCUACACCAGCUGGGGCCCCCAUCAUGAACCUCAUCCGGCCCACUCAGAUGGCUGCCAUGCUGCCCAAUGGCACCCCCACCCUGGUGCCUCCCACACCGGAUGGCGGGCUUAUCUACACCACCCCUUACGAGUACCCUUACGCCCUGGCACCCACCUCCCUGCUGGAGUACCCCAUCGAACACAGUGGGGUUCUAGGUAAGAGAGCCUGGGGAAGCAUGGGUGCAGCAGGUACAGCGGCCAACUUUAGCCAGCCUGGACAGGAGGGCAGCUUGUUUUACCCCGGAGCUGGGGUGCUGGACGCGGCUUCCAUGAGCCACAGUCAGGACUUGUUGAAAGGUGCAAUGGCUACUAAAGUGAGACGACAUGACACGCGGGUCCAUCCUUACCAAAGGAUUGUGACCGCUGACAGAGCCGCCACCGGCAACUAACACAUGACCUUCUGACCUCUGAACUCUUCACCCAAUGACGAGCCGCCCCAAGCCUGCCUGCUGAUCAGUUAACUGGUAAUUGCCUUUUGCUAGCCUCUCGGACGCAAGUGAGAGAGAGAGAGGCGCCUGCCCGUACAGUUACCCUAACACGUUCUGACAUAAAUAGAAACCAACGCAGAAUCUUCACAGAAACACAACAAAACCCAACAAAGUUGUGUAAUAUUCAUUUUUUUCCCUCUGUUCAUUGAGUUUAAUUCCCAUUCUUUCUCUUUCUUUUUCUUCAUGAAUCAUAUACUGGGUGGAUGUGUUUGUGGUAUUACUCAUAAAUCUGCACUGAAUUAUAUAGCAAUAAAGACCCCACCCCACCCUGCCCACCCACUAUCCUUUAAUUGCUCUGAUUUGGUGACCUCACUUUAAUGAAUCAAACUUCAAUAUCUAUUUGACGCAGACCAUUUGGUUUCAGAGUAAUGACAUAUUCGCCCUCAAAUGUGCAUCCCGCCCUCCAAAAAAAACAAAAACCAAAAAAAAAAACAUGAGAGCCCCUACCUGCUUCCACCCUGUUACACCACCCAUCUAUUGGGAGAGAAAAAGAAAUAGAAGGAAAGAGAACAUACACUCACAUUAACUUGUUUAAUUUCUGUCAUUUUUCACAUGUAGUGCAGUUGUUGAGCUCUAAGAUGUAAUUAUGAGCUGACACAUUCUGGGUGUGCCCCUCCAAACAGCUUUCUGUCUGUUUUUAAAAAGCAUGGCUGAAAUGAUUGCAAAAGGAGCUUUUUAUGAUUUAUGUGUUUUUUCUUCUGUCUUGGGUUUUUUUGUUUUGUUUUUGUUUUGUUUUUUUUUUCAAAUUUUGCUUUACUUUUGAGUCAUUUUCUCCACUUGAUUUUGGUUUCUCUGUUGUUCAUAUUUGACUAAUUAGCUUUGCUUAAACUGACUAGCCAUUAUAAUGCAGGUGGUUAUCUCUGGAAAACAAAACGCAAUCUGAUGUUUGAAGCAGGCUGCAGAAACUAAGAAAUGAUGAAGGCUAAGUUGGGAAGGUCAAAAUUGGGCUGAUGGGUCUGUGUGUGCGUUUUGUUUUUGUUGUUGUUUUUUUUUUUUUAAUUAAUACUACAAUGAAAGUAGGGUGUGCUGAGGCUUCGGGGACAUUGGAGCAGUGCUUAUUAGCUACUGACCAUUGCUACGCCCCCAUCCACACUACAUCCAUUUUACAGUGCCUGAUGUAUUUAGAAAAAUAUCUCAAUGAGUUAGCUGAGCUGUGAUCAAAAAGACAAAAAAAAAGUAUUAAGUGUGCAUAUUUAGCCAAAGGGUUUUCCAAUGACUUAUAUAUCUGCAAUUAUGCAUCUGUCUCACAGAGGGCUCUCUUCGUGAUUUUAGAGUUUGGGGUGUGAAUUUGUGGUGCCUGCCUUCAGUUGGAACAGAUAGCUGGUCAGUUAGAUGAUUUUUGACCCAUUAAUGCUCUAUUUUUUCUGAGGAGGUGGACGCAGGCAAUAAACACUAAAUCAACAUGCUACUCCAUUACAGCACAUUGCUAGGGGGAAGGGCACUUAGAAGUUCGGUACAAAAAAAAAGCUUUUGUCAUCAUACCUGGCUUCUAUAUUGAGUUGUUUCAUCAGCCACAAUGCCAAACGGGUGCUUACUUGUUUUAUUUUUAUCUUUUUUGCAUCUCAACAUUUGGCCGAUUAUUUUGUUAAGUAUGUUAUUUUUUUUUUUAUUUUUUUUUUGACCCCAGUUAAACAUUUUCCAUCAUUUGGGACGUUAGGUAGGUAUAAUCUGAGCCUUCCUAUAAUUUAGCAAAACAAUUUUGAGUUUGAAUUAUUUUAGUGAUGAAGCAUUUGUUUUCAACACAUGCCAAACCAUCCAAUAGCGCAUCCACAAUGUGUCACACCUCCCUGUGAUCGUAGUGUAGCUCCUGAGCCCCACAAUCUUUUGUUUUAACUCUCUCAAGAAAAAAUAGGAUGUGAAAGCCAUGCCUGCCUGUUCAAAUUGCUUUAUACAUACGUCUUAUAUAUAUAUAUAUAAAUAUAUAUAUAAAUAUAUAAAAAUGUAGAUAUCUGUCAUUGCAUAUACAAAUACAGAAGAGAACAAAAAAUAGAUAAUUUUACAGGGUGCUGGAGAAGAGAAAAAAAUUGAAAAAUCUAUUUUUGGCAAUUUUAGCUUUUGAUACUUUACUUGCAGUUACAAAAUAUGAAAAAAAUAAAAUAAAAAAAGUUUAAAACAGUAUAUGGGGAAAACAGAAAACCUGAGUAGGUGAGGGGAAAAAAGUGCUGUUACCUUGGAUUAGAAUUAGAAAGGAAGACGAAGACCAAAACAGUCACAACCCUCCGAAAGUUAGCGAGGAUCAGAGCGGGACAAACACCCAGAGAGUUUUAAAAGGAUCAAAUUAAAGUGCCUUAUCAACAGUGGUUUCUGUUUUCUGAGUAUUCCAGUUGUGUUCAAUAAUAUCCAGCACCCACCAAGUGGCGCAGAGAGGAAUGGCUAGUGUUACAUGCUCUGAAUAGUUGAGCAGGGUAGCUCCCACCAUAUCGUGGUGUUACCGAAGUUAUUCUAUGCAAAAAGAAUAGCAGUCGUUUUGACCAGCUAAAAUAUGUGCCAUGGUUUUGUCUUCCUGAAAUUUCUUUUAUCUUUUUCCUUUACUUGAUGACCCUUUACUCUGCUGUAUGAGCAGGUUUUUGUUCUCUUUUUAUUUAGAUUUUAAUGAUAAGAUGAAAUAUUGUCUUGAUUUUUUUGGUGACUGUGACUACCUUCCUAGAACAAAUUGAACUGCCAAUAGCGAUGCAGCAGUCUGCCAGAACAUGUCUUGAUCAUUAGCUGAGAAAAAUACACAACAUUCAAGGGAAUGGAUACAAAAGUGGGGGUUGCCCCUGUUGGCAUUACCUCUGUUUGUUUCAACAGCUGAAAAAACUGAAAGCAUCCAGUCCAUGUCUCUCGAUGUCAGUUUAACAACAAACUAUUAACACAAUCAUGAGAUUUAUAAUGGACGAAUUAAAUGCUGGUUAAUGAAACAAAGUCUAUUUCACAGCCAAAUAGUUUUCAGUUAUUGAAACAACUGACAGUUUAUUGCUGGAAGGUGAAAUAAACUCAUAAUAUUAAAUUGAGGAAUUGUUGGAUCCCAAUAUUACCCUUGGCAGUUUGUUUUUCUAUUCAUAGCUCUUUCAUCAUGCUGUUACACCGAAAGGUCAAUGAAUUUUUCUUUUUCAGUGUUAUUAUUUUAAAUUGAAAUGCAAUAUUAAAGUGGAGCAAGAGAUGGCUAUUCAGCAUUUGACAGUAUUAAGAAAAUUCCCUCUGCAAUGUUACAACUUGCUGUGUCAUUGUAAAGGCUGGAUAAGUCCAUCAGGUGAAAGGUUAAAUCUAAACCUACCGUAUUCUCUCUGGCCUGCCUACUACAUGUAUGAUAAUGUAAUUAACAGCCAUUGUUACAGGUUUAUAAUGUAUUUUUCUAAUCUCAUUUUAUAUGUAUAUUAAUCAUGUUUCUGAGUGCUUUUUUUUUUUUUUUUAAUGAAACCCACUGCUACUUCCCCCCCCUCCUAAACGGCCCUCUCUUCCUCCCCCCCUUCUCUUUUACAUCUUGAAAACUGUCUCUUGUGGGGAGUGUUGCCUUUUUCCUGUUAUAUUUUUUUUUGUUUUCUUGCCAAUUCCCAGCUUGUUUAACUCAUUAGCUACUUUAUUAGUUUUCUUGUCAUAAGUAUUUUUACAUGCUUGCAUUUAGUUUUCAUGGUGUAUGCUGUUAUUUUUCUUAUUAACCUCUUGGCAUUUAUUUUAAUAAAACAUUCUUAGUAAGAAUUUUACUAACUUGCUGAUAUUUUGUCUUGUGUUUUUAACCAGUUUCAUGAAUGUAUUACCUUGGUCUGGUUCACGGACUAACACGAUUAAAACUGGUGUCUGGCCACCACUUACACUGACUGAUGACAUGCACACUACAUAAACACACACACACACUAGUCGUCUGUGCACAUACGCUCUAAAUACAAUCAGUCCACACACAUCACAUGCACACACAACCUAACUGGAAAGUGCACGAGUUGAUAGGCGUCCCUCACUCUAGCUCACCCGCACUCUCACCUCUGUGCUGGAGAAAUCUGCUGACACUCUUCAUACUUGCCCUCCCCGCUCAGUUCCAACACCGCUGCUGUGUCUCGUCGUCUCUGUUAGAGACAACUCUCUUGUUAGUUGUCCUGUCCUUCUGUGUCACUUUACUCGUGAGACAACAGGAAGUGUCGCAGUGUUGGGGGGGGGGAACCUCAUGUCACUUGAGGUCACUGGUUAACUUCUGGGUCAGCUGUCCCCUUUUAAACAAAGCAAGCUCUGAUUAAAAGGGUGAUUUGUCUGUACACAUCAACAAACUCCGAUAGAGUCAACAAAACCUAAUCCCUGAAGAUAAAACUCCAUUUUCCACAGAGCUGCUCUUUCUCUAACCAUUAGUUAGUGCAGGACUAGUCAUAAUCUGUGCAAAAAUACUGCAUAUUAGUCAUCUCAAAAGGAUUAAUUUUACUGUGAAUAUGUAGAGCAGAACAUCUCAUCACCACACAUUAUAGAUGUAGUGAGUUAUUUACAGCAGAUACCCGGGGCAAAAUUUAUAGAUGACACUAAGUGUGAUCGUCUAAAGCUGUCCCCUGUCUUUUUUUUUUUUUUUUUUCCCCCCGUUGCUUCCAUGGCUUGUUAUGCCUGGAUAGCAGCAUUACAGUUAUCACCAGCUGUUGUCUGUUUGGUGAACACUUCUCCCCAUUCAGCUUAUUGAUAUAACAGCUAAUACUGGGCCAUUUGGGAGCAUUCAUAAUGCUUAGACACACACCACUACCACCAUGCUACAUGAAGUACUUUGGGAUCAAAACAACCUUACUAUUCCUUCCAGUGCAAAAUGCUGAUAUGGCUUUCAGCUAGCUAGUAUUUAUUGUCUUUUGGGGAGAGGUUUUUUUUUGUUUUUUUUUUCUUUUCUUUUCCUUUUUCCGUCUGAAACACUGCCAGUGUGUGUUGUUCAUUUUACUACUGUGUCGGUGCACUCAUCCCUGGGUUCAUUCAGCGCUCUCUUCUCUAUUCAGCUUUCCUCCUCCUCCCACUAAUUCAAGGUAUUGACACUGACACACAAGCAAAAGAUUAACUUCAUUAAUCCUGAUUAUUACUUUAACCCACUGAGUGAUGCCUUCAGAUUUUUUCUCCCCCUUUUCAAAAUCUGCACAACAAAAACAACUUUAACUGUUCUGAUUCUCUUCAUGUCUCAGUAAGGAAAGAACAAGGAUUAAAAGUGUCUAUUAACAUUUCUUUCCACUCUGAAAUUAACAUUUUGUGUCUUUGAUCUGAAAAACGGGUGUUUAGGGCUAUAACACCUGCUUGUGCACCAGCUAGUAGAGACAGAGAUUGGAUUACUGGCCACCAGCCCAAAUUGUUUUUUUCUCCUUUGUAAAUUUGGUGUUGUUAGCUAUAAGAUUUUUUUAUGUAUCAAAGUAGGAUUGGCCUUUAAUGUUCUUGAUUGGCUUCUCUGUGCCAUAAUGAGCAACUUGAGCUAAAAUCCGUCCAUCAGCAGCCUUGCCUUUUCUAUGUCGGAGACGUUUUCAGUGGCUCGCCUCGAAAAAUCCGAGCUGAUGAAAAAAGACAUUAUGGGCAACAUAUUUUCCAGAGCACAACGUGUUACAAACACUGCCUAAAAUAUUGCAUCUGUCAGUUUAAAAAGUGCCUUAUUUUUCCUGAGAUUGGAAAAUUAUAUAUUUUUGUACUUUCUCAUUCAAGUGCCAAUUAUCUGUCUCCCUUUAUCUCAGCAAAAGCUUUUUUGUUGAGCACAAAAAAUUAAAUGCCCGCCUUUUUUUUUUUUUUUCCCAGCACAAUGUACAUACACUUUGGAACAUAAAUUGGGAAAGGAUGACCAAAGUGGGGAAUUUGGUCACAUGUGUUUCCCUCCAUUAACCUUUGGCUUAAUGGGUCCUGUUUUGGAUUUGAUCCACUGAGAACUUUUUUUUUUUUUUUUUUCCUGAUUGGACCACAGUAUGCAGUAAAUGGCUGUUUGCAUACUGCUGCCACCUCUGGCCGAGUUCUCAGUGCAUUUCCAAAUCUGUCACAGGGCAUUCAGUGUAUUUAUCUACUAACUACCGUUUCACCUCUCAAUCUUUUACUUUUCUUCUGUUCUGUUUAACAAACAUUCCUCCAACGAGUUAAACGGCAGGUUAACCAAUCAGAAUUGGUCUCAGCAAUGUAGCACUCAGGUGGUUAAAGGGCAAAUGCUACCAAAAUACAGAAUGAGAAAAAUUUAGCCCCACUGGAUUUUUGUGUUUGUUUUUUUUUUCCUUUUUUUUUUGACUGUGAUGAAUAUGCAUUAGAAACUAUAAUACAUUUUUUCCUAAAAUUAUACUAGUAUGAUAUAUACUGUAAGUUCCUCAUCCGUAUAGUGGUGCACUAAAAUCUGUGAGAUUUUAUUUUCUUUUUUCGUGGAUUUGUAAGUUUUUAUGUGAAGUAGUCUUUAUUUUGUUUUGUGUUUCCUUGUUUUUAUAGAGGAUUAGACUGAGAAUUUUGAAUAGGGUGUAAAAUAUGUAAUGCCAGUUUUUGUUGCUCACACCAAAAAAAUAAAAAGGAAAACAAAUGUCAUGUGUGCAAUAAAGAACCAUAUUUACAAGCA